AUGGCAUCAAAUUCAACAGAAUUAGACGACGAGAUUGCCACUCUUAAGGCGCAAGUCGAGGCCCUCAAAGGUCAGGUCAAGCUACAAGCAAAUGCCCUGCUGGACACGGAGUCGACAAGGCAGAUCAUCAAAUCAGAUAGCAGCCUCGAGGCCUUGCAGGAUCGUCUGGCCAAGCAGCAAGCCUACAAGCAGCAGUGCCUCUACCGCACCUGCGCUGGCAUCACCACAUUUCGUGUGCGUGAUCCGGACCCAAACGCCGUGGACCAUGGCAUCGUCUUGGGUAUCCGCAUUGAGGUCAUGACGCGCUCCAAGUUCCUGCGCCCGUACUACGUGCUUUUGAACCGUCCAUACACCGGCACCGAGCCCAGAAGGCGCCUUCUGCGUGUUCAUCGCCAUACCGUCCCGCCGUGCAUCCCCCUCAAUGGUUUGGCUGCCCGGUACCUGCCUGCACCGAGACCUCCUAAUGCUGAACACGAGAGUGGUGGUGAUGUGAAGGUGGAGAGGCAGCAAGACCUCUCGCGUUUUGUCCGCGCCCUGCGUCGUGAGAUCGUAAGGUAUCACAACCGCGUCGCUGUCGUGGCCGACCUGCGCAAGGCGGUAGGGCUGGACGGCAAGAAGAAAGAUGCGAAGGAGCGCGCGGAGAGGAGCUCCAUCAUGGCCAUCAGCGCCGCCGAUUCGGAAGCCAAACAGGUCAGGAUCGACUGGAAGGACGGCCGGUCCGGACGUCUAGUCAUAGGGGAUGACGGAGAGGUCGUUAAGCUGGUGGUCUUUGGAGAGAGGGGCCGGGAUCGCGAGGUGACACGGGAGCUGCUCAGCGGCGGCUCGCGUCUUGAGGACGUCGCGAGGAAGCUUGCCGCUGUUUGA